AUGUAUGACGUCGCCGGUGUAUGCAACGGUUGCCUUGCUGGGUUGGUUUCCAUCACUGCUGGGUCGGCUAACGUAUCAUCAUUCAGCGCGUUAAUCAUCGGCAUCAUAGGAGGGUGUCUUUACCAGACUGCUUCCAGAGUCGUUGCAUCACGACACAUCGACGAUCCCAUUGAUGCGUUUGCUGUGCACGGUAUGAGUGGAAUUUGGGGGACUAUAGCGUGCGUGCUGUUUGAUAACGGCAGUGGCUUCAGUGUUUUCGGACCAGCAGGAAUCACUCGUAUCGGGCCGAACAACUACGAGCCCUCGGUAAACGUCGGGACGCAACUAGGGGUGAAUCUUUUGGGAUUGUUGAUGAUAAUAUUAUGGUCAGCAUUUUGGAGCGCUGCUGUAUUCCUCGUAUUUAGGAAGUUUGACCUUUUACACGCCACUGAGGAGAAAGAAGUUUUCGCGCCCGACGAUUAUAUGCAAUUCUCAUCGAGGAGGAAACCGGAGGCGGUUCACCCGGAUGAUGACGACUCUGAUUAUUCGGAAAGGAAAUCGAACAAGUCGCAUUUAUCGAACAACUCCAACAGGAAUAGCAACAGUCGGGCGCUGAAGAGAUCGUUGGAUGGUUCGAGAGAUGAUGUUGAGGAAGAUGAAGAUUAG